AUGAUCGAGUUCAGAUAUUCGCUGCUUCUGUUAUGCUUGUGGAACUAUCUUUACCUUCCGCACUAUUUCAACAUAUUUUUCGGACAAAUCGUUGGCUGGGGCCCUUACUUGAUGUCUGGGCCGUUUACUCAAAUGUGUUUAGCAGUGAAUCGAGCUGUGGCGAUUUCUUAUCCCUACUGGUUCAACAAACAACACAAGGUACCCUGGACAAAUGUCAUGUUAGGUGUACUAUGGGUUCUCUCGAUAGCAAUGUCCCUUCCAGCAAUGAUAGAUGAAUGCAGUUACAUCUUCUUCGUCGAGAGUGUUUCCUGGAGUCCAAUGGAUACAUUAUGCUCCAGGACACUCUCUGAAUACGUUACUAACCUAGUUCUUGUCCUGGCUAUUAUUUCAUUCGGUAUCAAUGUCUCUAGUAUCGUUAAAAUUGUAAGAUCUGCAAUUGGUUUGGGUGCAGUGAUGGACCAGAAUUUGUCAGAGACUAGGAAGCGGAAAAGAAGGAGGAUGUUCAUUCAGUGCGUGAUUCAAGACUGUACCCAUACCACAGAUUGUAUGCUGAACACAUAUGUCUACACGUUCUAUUCGGCUCAAUGGUUUCAAUUUGUGUGUGGAGCAGUUUCAGCGUUGACUGUAAUCUUGAUGGAUGGAUUCCUCAUGUCAGUCUUCCACACCAAAUCAUCAACGCCUAGCCAAACUCGUGAGAUUCCAUCCAAAUCCCACACAGUCACCAAUGGCACAUUCCGAAGCCGAGCGGCGAGCAGAGUGUCGGGGACAAUUAUGACGACUACUCUAUAA